GCGAUGGCGAGUGACGACUCGCGCUAAAAACCCACGACUCGCGCAACUGCCUAAUCACGCAGCAGCGACAGCUGAGACGCUCUUGACCCGAGCCCAUGGCCAUGCGCACCGGCCAGCCGCGGUGGGGACCGCCGUCCACGGUGACGGCCACUUCCGCCCCUCCCCAACCUGCGUUUUCGUCGUCGUUCACCACCGACCCGCCGGCGGAGUUCCUCUGCCCCAUCUCCGGCACGCUGAUGGCGGACCCCGUCGUCGUCCCGCCCGGCCAGAUCUUCGAGCGCGCCUGCAUCCAGGCCUGCUCCGCGCUCGCCUUCUCCCCGCCCGCCGUCACCGCCGACCUAUCCUCGUCAGCCUCCUCCUCCUCCCCGCUCGUCCUCGUCCCCAACGUCGCGCUCCGCACCGCCAUCCUCAACUGGUGCGACCGCCUCGCGCUGCCCCACCCCGCCCCGCUCUCCCUCGACACCGCCCACGACAUCGUCCGCCGCCUCAUGCCGCAGCAGGAGGAGCAGCCGAGUUUGCAGUUGAACCGCCCGCCGCAGCAGGCCGCAACCUCCGUUCGCGUAAGGAGACGAAGCACCGGUGCCGAAGACUUCGUGCAGGAGCCCAUGCGGACGGGCGGUUCUCUGGAGGAGGAGAUCAUGGCGGUUCUCGCGGCGGAGGGCGCUAGUCCGGCGGAGCUGGCGGCGGCUAUGGCGUCGCUGCGGCAGGCGACUCGGGAGAACAGGGAGGUGAGGGGGCAGCUCUGCACCCCGCGCCUCCUCGCCGCGCUCCGCCCGAUGCUGCUGUCCGCGGAUGCCGACGUCCAGGUCAACGCGGCGGCGGUGAUGGUCAACCUGUCCCUGGAGCCCGAGAACAAGGUCCGGAUCGUGCGGUCCGGGGCGGUGUCGCCGCUGGUGGACGUGCUCCGCGGCGGCCACCCGGAGGCGCGCGACCACGCCGCCGGGGCGAUGUACAGCCUCGCCGUGGAGGACGAGAACCGCGCGGCCAUCGGCGUGCUCGGCGCGAUCCCGCCGCUGCUAGAACUGUUCGCGAGCGCCAUGGUCGGGUACCGCGCGCGGCGCGAGGCCGGGAUGGCGCUGUACCACGUCUCCCUCUCCGGGAUGAACCGGUCCAAGAUCGCGCGCGCGCCGGGGGCCGUGCGGACGCUGCUCGCCGCGGCGGAGGUGCGGGACCGCGCGAACGAGGCCGAUGCCGCCAAGCUGCGGAAGCUGGCCGUGAUGAUCCUGGCGAACCUGGCCGGCUGCCCGGACGGGCGCGCGGCCCUUAUGGACGGCGGCGCGGUGGCCGCAAUCGUCAGGCUGAUGCGCAAUGGCUCCGCCGCGCCGGGGAGCGCGGAGGAGGAGUACUGCAUAUCAACACUAUACGGGAUGAGCCGGGGCAGCCUGAGGUUCCGCGGGCUCGCUCGCGCUGCCGGCGUCGAGGCUGCGCUGCAGCCGGUGGCCGAGGGUGACGGCAGGGUGGGGCGGGACAUGGCGCGGCGGACGCUCCGGGCCAUGUGCGGGGAGGACGACGAGGCGCCGGUUACGGCCGCCGGGCUGCUCGGGCGGCAGUGGGACGACAGGAGCGUCGUGUCGGAGGGGCUCGUGUCCAUCCGGCGGCCGCCGCACCGGAGCAACUACGCCGGGCCGUCCGGGUCAAACACCACCCAGUUCUGAAAAAGUCAAAGUCUUCGUUUCUUCAUGCUGUUUUGUUCUGUUCCUCAAGUCUCUGGAACUGUAUUUGCCAUAGCUAGCAAUAUUGUUCGGUAAUUACAUCUGGAGUUCUUGUGCUGUAUAACUGCAAGGUAAAUUCUUUUGUUCGAAUUGAAGUGUAAUUUUAUUGGAUUUGUGCAGAUGUUAAUCCCUUGUCACCGAAUUACUACAACUGUAAUUGAGAUUAGAAAAAAGAAUAGUGUUGUGUGUU